AUGCAAAAAUUAAAAAACAGCCUAUUUGAUUAAGUAUGAAACACAAGUCAAAGUUUUAUUUACCUUUCAUAAAGCAAGCUUUAAUUUUGGAUCAAAGCUUCAAUUUUGAGCCUCAAAUUUUAUGGUCAAAACAACUAGUAAAGGAAAUGAUUAAUCCACUGCUACGCGCCACACUCACCAUUACCGUGAACUGUACAGUAUAGACGCUCAUCGCCAGUCCAUCGCGAUUCUGCUUGGCGGCACCCGGCUGCCACGUGUACUUUGAGGUUGUUACCUGAAAAGACAGUUUUGGUGCUGAUAUCAGUUACUAGCUCUUAUUAGAAGUGCGGGUAUAAAUGUACAUUCACCUUAGAGUAGCUUCUCUAUUAAGCUACUACACCUCCUCUAAAAGCACACUUGCUUUGGAAUUCUCACCAUUUAAUCUUUUUCCCCAUUGUUUUUGGCUUUAAUUUCUCAAAUUACCUUUUCCAAUUCCAUAAAAUGUUAGAUUAGGGCUUAAAUUUAGCCCAAUCUUCUCAAAUUUUGGUGUGAUUGGGCAUAUACUGGGUAACUAGGAAGGGGUGGAUCUGAAGGCUCUUAAAUUUUAGCAGUUGGUUUUAAAGGUCAUGCAACUGAAGGAGUUCCAAAAAACUGAAUUAACAUGCAACCAGAGUACCAAGCUAGUAGUCGAAGACAAGACGUUAAAAGUACCGGACAUUGUGGAACCACUCUGUUGGAUAAAGAACACUCUCCAAUUGAUGCCUCAAGCCUGUACUCUAUGUCACCAAUAUGUCCAGCACCUCUUUGCCGCCAGUUUUGGAAAGCUGGAAACUACGAUUCCGGGCUUAUUUCCAAGUCUUCCUCGAAAAAUGGGACUAGUUUCCUGAGUGUUCACCCAAAGUUCCUUCACUCAAAUGCUACGUCACAUAAAUGGGCAUUUGGGGCCAUAGCUGAACUGCUUGACAACGCUGUUGAUGAGAUACAAAAUGGGGCCACCUUCGCCGUUAUUGAUAAAAUGUUAAAUCCUAAGGAUGGAACUUCAGCUUUAUUUAUUCAAGAUAAUGGUGGUGGAAUGGACCAAGAAGCCAUGCGUUGCUGUCUGAGUUUUGGAUUUUCAGAUAAGAAGUCCGAAUCAGCCAUUGGACAGUAUGGAAAUGGUUUUAAGACAAGUUCGAUGAGACUUGGGGCCGACGUUGUUGUUUUCAGCCGCUGUAUGAAGAACAGGAAAUUGACGCAAACCGUUGGUCUUCUCUCUUUUACAUUUUUGACACGAGCAGGCGUUGACAGAAUAGUGGUUCCUAUGAUUGAAUAUGAGUUCAUGUCAACAACUAGAAAAUGGACUUCAACCUGCAGUGAACAGCAUUUUGUGAACAAUCUCUCAUUGUUGUUGCAGUGGUCUCCAUUUUCAACAGAGGAAGAGCUUCUUAAGCGAUUUGAUGACAUUGGUGAUCAUGGCACGAAGAUCAUAAUCUACAAUUUGUGGCUAAAUGAUGAAGGCAAAAUGGAGCUCGACUUUCAGUCAGAUCCUGAGGAUAUUCGUAUCUCUUGUGAUGCAGAAAGUGGUAAAAGUUGCUCCCGCAUGUCAGUAAGUGACCUGCAUCUUGCCAAUACACUUCGAUAUUCACUCCGAGCAUAUUUAUCAAUCUUGUACUUGCGAAUCCCAGGAAACUUUUGCAUAUGGCUAUGUGGGCAGAUUGUCGAGUAUCAUAACAUUGCUAAUGACCUCAAGUAUCGAGAAUUUAUCUUGUACAAACCUCAUAUUGGUGGAGGCGAAGAGGUUUCCGUCAUUACUUCCGUUGGUUUCCUAAAGGAAGCUCCACUGGUGAAUAUUCAUGGUUUCAAUGUCUACCACAAGAAUCGUUUGAUACUGCCAUUUUGGAAUGUGGCAGGCUCUUCUGUCAAUAGAAGCAGAGGGGUUGUAGGUGUUCUAGAAGCAAACUUUAUUAAGCCAACUCAUGAUAAACAGGACUUUGAGAAAACUCCCCUCUUUCAAAAGCUUGAGCACCGAUUAAAGGAGAUGACAUGGGAAUACUGGGACCAUCACUGUGGACUAAUUGGUUAUCAUGCAACUAAAAAGCCUCGUGCACCUUCUCAGGCUUCAUCGGAAUCUGGAAAGAAACAUGCAACUGCAAAAAGGAAAAACUAUGAUCAUCAAAUGGAACCUGAAAUUCAGAAACAAAAGGCGGGAAUAGGUGUAAAUCGACCUGAUCCCGAGCCUAUUCAAAAUUCGCCUGCAACCACUAUCGCAAGUGACUCGGAAGAUCAGGAGAGGGUCCUCCUCCUCAAAGAGAAUAAAAGGCUCCAUGCAAGUUGCUUGGAAAAUGAGAAGAUUGAAGAGGAAUAUACUGCCAAGAUAACUUCGUUAAGGGGGGAACUUAAAGAAGCACAGCGCAAAUACCGCCGCUUGCUAGUUCAAUCAGCAGCAGCAUUGCUGGAGAACUCCAAGAAGGAACAUACCGUGAUUGUUUUGUAGAUGAGCUUGCUAUAGUAGUGCAAAUAUUCGUCUUGUAAAUUUGUGUUUUUGUUAAAUGUGCUCAUUAGAAUGGGGUGCUAAUGCCCUUCCCAUGUUACCCCUUUUCAACUUCAUAUUGGGAAAUAUUUAGACUCUGAUGACCCGAAUGGGAUUAGGCCGAUCUUGUCCUUCAGGGAAUCGCUGGCGCAACAGUGGAAGUUGUAGCCAUGUGAUCUGGUUCGAACUCCUAAUCAUAGAAAUCACCUCUUUUGUAUAGUUGUGACUUAUGAGGUGCAUUUCCUGUUCAUAGUUAGAGCCUUUAACUAACUAUUCUCAUCUCAACGUUUGUUCUAUGUUUUGUUAUAACCACUUCAGUGGUAAUAUUAAAACUAUAGUUACAAUCUACAAUGGAUUUAUAAUUUAGUCA